CAUCAAGAACCAUUUCACGAUAUUGUGUUGCAUGAGGGCAGCAGCAAUCAUCCUGAAUUAUCCAUCACUCAGCAAGCUGUCCACUUACAUGUGUCGAUCCUCGAUUUUGCUGCCUAUUGCAAAUACAAGAAGCGUAUGAAGUUUGAACCCAACAUGCAACACACGCUAGGAACAGUGAUGACAAUCGUCGAGUCGUGGAUAGCAUUUUUGGAGACAGUAGGCGAAAAAGAUGAAGUUGAACAGCUCAAAGCAUUCAAUAUAGUGAUCGCAAAAGUUAGGAUUGGAAGAGCCUUCAGACCUCAGAUUCCCCACAAUGGAAAAGACCGAGCCCAUUUAUAUCUUAAGACACCAGUAUUAG